CCGCCGCGUCGCUUCUUCUUCUUCUUCCCCUUUGCUCCUUCUCUCCACCGUACACAAACCCCUCAACUAUCAGCCAUCCUCAGCAUGGCUUAUCAGCAGGAUCUCCUCGGCGACGAUGAGUCCAGCCUCAUCACAGGCCAAGAGCCCAUCGCACAGGGAGUCUCACAGGUUCCAACAACCGCAGAGACCAGCGCACUUGCCGAUGUCAUUCAGCCUUCUGCCAUCUCUGCUGGCUUGAGCAAUGCCAAUACCAACCCUUUCCUUCAAGACGUGAAAGAGCAAGCUCGCGAUGGUGCUUCCUUCUCGAGCGCACCAGCGGUGCCAGAGACAUCUGCUUCUAUCCCACCUCCCUCGGCACCGUCUGCACCUUUCCCCAACGGUGGAGUAGCUGCCCAGACUGGAAACAGUGCGGCAGCCCCCAGCGCCCUACCAGCCAAGUCUUCCACCAACCACGCCAAGGUGGCUCCCCAAGGGCUCGAGGCACAGGCAGAGGACGUCAUCAACCGCAUGGCCAAUGCCAGUGUGGCUCCGGGAGGAAAGGUUCGCCUGACCCAGUAUCCUGCCAUCGACAAUGCUCUCCUGCCUGCCGAGGGCAAUGGCCAAUUCUCGAAUCUGCAUCUCGGCCUCCUGAUUUGGUUCUCACCGGCACUUCUCACCCGACUGAUCCCCUUCUUUAAGCCUAGCUGGGUACCAUGGUGGCUCUACAUCGUCCUUGCAGCCCUCCUCGCCUCUCCGGUUUCGGUGGCCUAUUGGUGGGUCAUGAGCCGAAUUGGAUCGCGCAAGAAUGAGAAGGUAAUCCUCCCUGGCAAGCCAAUUGAGAGCUACAUCACCAUCAAAGACCCUGAGCUCAAGGCCAAGUACAAUGGUCGUAACAAAAUCCCAAUGGCCAUCUUCUACGAGGCUUACUUUGACAAGAAGAUUGACAUCGUGGGCGGUGACGCCAAUAUGCUCAAUGUCCUCGAGUACCGAAUGGACUGGGCCAGCAUGGUCUUUACUGCCGACUUGUUCAAGUUCGUCUUCACUACCUUGAUCCCCGAUGUCCUUUCUCACUCUGCUCGACAGGACGAGGAGCAAGUCCGUGACCAUUACGACCGAGGCAACGACUUCUACGAGUGGUUCCUGGGACCGCAGAUGAUCUACACGUCUGGAAUGAUCUCCGACCCUACCCGCAAGGAGACUCUCGAGGAGCUACAAGACAACAAGUUGUCAGUCGUUUGCUCCAAGCUGAACCUGCAACCUACCGAUAAGCUCCUGGACAUUGGCUGUGGUUGGGGAACCCUGACUGCCUUUGCGGCCAAGAAUUUUGGCUGCGACGCGACCGGUGUAACCCUCUCGCGGGAACAGACGCAUUUCGGUAACGACCGCAUCAAGCGCAACGGCAUCGACCCUUCGCGAGCACGUAUUCUCUGCACCGACUACCGCGACGUUCCCGUGGAAAAGGGCUACUACGACAAGGUCGUCUCCCUUGAAAUGGCCGAGCACGUGGGUAUCCGUCACUAUGGUCGAUUCCUCAAGAGUAUCUACGAGCGCCUGAACGAUGAUGGGACUUUCCUCUUGCAAGUCGCAGGUCUACGACCCCAGUGGCAAUUCGGUGAUCUCAUCUGGGGACUAUUCAUGAACAAGUACAUCUUCCGCGGUGCUGACGCCUCCUUGCAUGUCGGGUGGGUCAUUACGCAACUAGAGAAAGCCGGCUUCGAAGUGCGAAGCUGCGAUGUUCUAGGCGUGCACUACAGUGCCACCAUUUCGCGCUGGUUGGAAAACUGGUACGUCAAUGAGGAGAAAGUCCGAGCAAAAUACGGUGAUCGCCUAUGGAGGAUCUGGGUCUACUUUUUGGCCAGCUCGGUCAUCAUUGCCCGCGAAGGUGGAAGUAGCGUCUUUCAAAUCACUACACAGAAGAAUUUGAAUGCGACGCAUCGUGUAGAGGGAGCUUUCAGCCAUGCGAACUUGCAUCCCAAGCCGAGGAAGGAGUUCGUUAGUGUUUACAAGUGAGCGGGCGCGCGGGGCGGACGUGGGCGUGCAAGGCGGAGAGGGAGAUGGAAGAGCUGGGAGGUGGGGAAGACAGAGUAGAUUACAGGUCGAAAUCUGGUAGGGAGGGAGGUGCGGUCUUUGCUAAUGGGCUAUUGGGUCGUAAGCUGUGCUGCGAGUAUUUCCCAGUCUCUUUUCUGCGCCAAAUAGCAUUAUUCAUCAUCAUGAUCAUGAAC